CGGCCCCUCUGCAUGGUCCUCCUCCAGCAAAGCGUGUCCCCUGCCCGCGUUCGCGGCCAGGACAGUGACCGGUUUGUGUACAAGAACAAGAAUAUGGCUUCUCCUAAAGUUUACACCCUGCAGCCUUGGGUCAACAACCUCCUCCUGAAUUAUGAGCAGAUGGAUCUCAGUGAGAAUCUCCUGGCUGGGCAGGUGCUGCGAGUCUUGUGUGACUCAACUGUGCCAGGCCAACCUGAGGCUGUCCAAGAUGCUGUCCUGCAGGUCUCAGAUGGGUCCUACUACAUCCGUGUGGUCAUUGCAGCCGAAGCUCUGCAGUCAGAGAAAAACACCCACACGCAAAUCAGACUUCCCAGCCUCAUUUGCAGAAUUAUUGUCUUACAGAAGUACACAGUGUGUUUCCAGGAGGAAGCCAGGCCGGAGGACUGUGAGUUCUACCUCCGGGUCCAGAAGUUCAUCGUGCUGCCCAUAGAGAAGCUGAGGUUGGAGUCAUCUGACGGGAACAAGGAGCCUUCUGUGAUGCAGAAGGUAAAGAAGCUCUGGCUAAGGAAUCUUCCUGAAAGUGACAGCCCCAGCUCAGAGUCAUCCAUCUCUCAGCUGAUUGAUGCCAUAAGACAAAACCAUCUGGAGGAUUUGAAGGAAAGUGCUGAGGAAUGCCUGGAUUUAGGGGUGCCCAAGAUGAUGCCGGCAACAGGGAAGGACGAGGUUCAGGUCACACAGUGGGAGGCAGCGCGCAAGCAAGAGCAGGGUGAGGACACCUUCGUGGUCCCGGCCAAUAUCCUGGUGGUCCCUCCUGAGGAGGGGGCAGUUGCUUGUGAUUCUUCCCGGGCAGAGACAAGUGAAGCAACUCCCAGGGAGAGUGGUGAUGGCAGGAUGGGGCUGACUGAGCUGAGUAUCAUAUCCCAGCCCAGCUCCACCACAAGGCUGGGAGUGGGCCAAGAUCAAACUUUUUUGCUGAAGUCAACCCCCAGCUUCAUCAUUGCAGCUGUCGCGUCAACGGCCUUGUCGGAGAGCCCGGAGGGAUCUAUGGACACCCCCUGGGACAGGCUCCCCCCAGUAUGUUUGACCAUGAGCUGUUCAGAUGAGAAGACACUUUCACAAGGCCCUCCAUUGAAGACCAAGCAAGAUGUGGCUGCUGACAGCAACACCUCGGACUCAUUGGAGCUGUGUAGUCAGGAAUCCUCUCAGGGCAGGUUACCAGGAGUGCCAGUGCAGACCUCCUCUCCCCUGCUCGGCAACUAUGGCAAUGCCAGUCUGGUGGAGACCAGCACCACACAGGCACCAUCAGCCAUGGAGGCAGCUUUUGAUGCCCCCAGUCCUUCCCAAGGACCACAGGCUUUGGGGAGCUCUAAGGCAACACCAGUGCCUCCUUCUCCAGUUGCUCCCAUCUUGCCCAGCAGCUGGUUGCAAGCCCUGCCCGAAGGGAUGCCUCACCAGGAGCAGGCAGACUCCAGUGUCACCACUUUCCCUCCAGAUACAUUGGAGCAUGGUCUGGAUUGUGUCAGGUUCCUGGGAGGAGGUGCUGUGGGUGCCAGGAAGAAGCUGCUGGAAGGAGAUGGCCAAAUACAGCCAGCCCACCAUGAGCAGCAGCAUCCCCGAGGUGCCCGGAGGUGCAAGAGGAGAGAGAUGGGCAGUAGGCUGAAGCCUGUGAGCACACAGGGUGCUAAGAAGAGCAGAAAAGAGGAGACAGGGAUGCAGCAUGGAAAGGAGCUCGAGGAGGAGGAGGAGGAAGCAGCUGUAGUGAGUGGCCCCAGCUCCCAGGCAGAGCAGCGCAAAGCUCUGCAGCCGUACAAGAAGAAGCCACUCCAGUACAAAUAUGAGGCACCGAGCCCUGAGCUCUGCAAGCAGAUAAGAUCUAUCAGGAUCUCAAAGGUGAUGCUGAAGUGGGCUUGCUGGGUCCUGAUGGAGGAUGUGGAUUCCUGAGCCCAGCCUGUCCUUCCUUUCUUCACUGGUUCAAGUUAAGGCUGCUAACUUGAAGAGCAAUUGGAGGAAGGAUGGAGGAACAGGACCCCUGUCCCCAAGGGGCCCACUGAGUGGGGUUGGCCUGACUGUAGAGGCUCUGGCUGUAGAGGCUCUGGGGACAUGACCUGUCAAAGGCCAGCACCCUCAGUGCUGAAGAAUGGGGGAAAGCACCCAUUCAGGGGUGCUGGCUCCCUUCUCCCACUUCACCUUCUCCAUCCUUUCAGAACUCCCUGGCACAGUGGAUGGGGACAAGUGGUGACACAGUGCCACCGCAGCAGAGCUGUGUUUGUCAGCCCCCCAAUCUGAUCUCCGCUCCGAAGGCAGCAAGGGAGUUUGGAUGUUUUAUUGGUUGGCUUCCAUAGGGUCCUGCACUGUUCAUUACAAAAAAUACCCCACAGGGUUAUGCUGUAGAAAUGAAAAAUAAAAAUUGUAUAUUUUUUAAA